UACAACGUGUGUACUUGGCGACUGAAGUUUAUAGGGCCUUUUAUAGGGCAGUUAAUUUGAAUAAUUAAUUCUGCACGGAACGUCGGCUGGCUUCAAAUAACCUGAAUGAUAAAGAACGCCGAAAUGUGAUCGAGAUCUGGUUGAGGAGGAGUAAAAUGUAUUGAAUAGCGGGGAGACUCCUCUUGUGCUUGAAAAAUAAUUAUAGGAUAGUUGACUGAUAUCGUAGUUGCUCUGGCGCCAUUUUGAAAUCAGCUGUCACAAGUGAAGCAGACGAUACGCAAGGCGGCGUUUGAACUAAUUUGGAGGUUACGGGGAGAUGGAAAUAAAUCAACCCGAUCUUCAAUUAGACUACGUAUCGACGGGCGUUAUUUCAAUCUAUGUUAAGAACGAGCAUCAAGAGUCAGAGUCGAGCGACAUUGAGAUAAAUGGUGAAGCUAAUAACUUCUGUGCUAUUGAGUUGAAGGAGGGAAAUUCAUUAAUACAAGAAUUGCAAGAGUCUAUUGAAAAUAGCCCUGAUGAUUUAGAGACUUUAAGUUUAACUUGUCUUAAUGCUCUUGAGCAUAACGUUUCGCAUAAUUUGAACAAUAAUAAUAUUAGUUUAUCCGAACCAAUCACAUUAGGAGCUCUUCAUCCUGAUAUAAUUAAUGAAGAAAUACAAAGACGAAUGAGCCAGGCCACCGAAGUCUUUAUCGAUAACGAUAGCCAAGUGCAAACCAUAUCGUACGUUCCUACCGUUGAUGUAGCUACCGAUUUUUUGGCUGGUUUAAGCCUGAACGAAAAAAGAGAAGACGGUCAACGUUACGGGGAUAUCUACCACUCGGAAUGGUUAGUUGGAAGUGAGGAGGAAGCAAGUAAUACUGAUAUUGAAUCCCAAAUUAUUAAAAGUGAUAAACAACAAAUAGAAGCACCCUUGGGUCUAGAAGAUUCGGUACAUUUCAGUACCAAACGAAAAGGAAAAACGCGCGUUCUAAAUAAACGGCUCUCAAACACCGAACGAAAAGCAAUUCAGAUAGAAGUAAAUAGUUCAGAAAAGCUGAGAAAGAUAUUGCGUAGGAAGGGAAAGCCGCGUCAGGAUUAUAGGGAGAGAUUGAGAAGAAAGGCAGAGUGUAUGAGAGAAAAGCGGAGAAAACUGUACGAACAGGAAACAGACGAGGAGAGGCUGCAGAGGCUAGCUAAAGAAGCUGCUAAGAGAAGGGAGAUGAGAAUGUAUUACGAGACUCCAGAACAAAGGAGAAAGAGGCUGGAUGCUGAAGCUGCGAGAAAGCGGGAGUACAGAAUGUACAACGAAACACCGGAAGAGAGGCGAAAAAGGCUAGAUAGAGAAGCAGAGCGAAGGAGAAUCAAGAGAUUGACGUUAUAUGCCAAUGAAACUGCUGAACAAAGGAGAGAGAGAUUGAAUAAAGAGUCUGCUAAACGUCGAGAAGCAAGAUUAAAUCAAUAUUCCAAGGAGACGGAAGACCAGAGGAGAGAAAGAUUAAGAAAAGAUGCCCUCAGAGCUAGGGAAAUGAGGUUUACCAGGUCUGCAAUCGAAACAGAAGAGGAACGCAGACAAAGGUUAGUAAAAGAUGCUCUUAGAAAGAGGGAGUUAAGAACGCAUGGUGGGCAUUCUGUGAGCAAUUUCACUGAACUUCAAACCGUUCGCAGUUUUGAGGAGUUGAACAAUGUGCAGAUGAGGGACGAUCCUGAUAACCAACUGGGGAGCCAUUACCUCAGCAACUGGAUGAUGUGGUUCCAAAAUACGCUGACUCAGCCAGUUCACAUCGGCGAGCAGACCAUCGAGCCACAAUCGCAAAACAAUGGAUGAACUUGUGCCGCUUAUUUGCUAGGACAAAUUCAGGCCCAUCAAAACUAGUAUAUGUACAACGCGUAUAUAGAAUCCAGAGCUUAGCGUGUGUCGAGUAAAUUAUAUCGGUUCAUUCUAUGUUCUAUAAAACGAACGGCAUGACGGCGAUGAUUCGUGUUUUUAUCUUAUGAAAAACACUCAAUCUCUUCUUUCCGCUCUUUCUCUCUCCUUCUCAUUAUAACUGGAGACUCAUAUUUGGAUGGAUAAAGGAAUCGACUAACGAGCGAAUGAAAAAUAAGUGACGAAAAAACUAAAGACUUUGGACUUGCUAAAGCGGAAAUAAAAUUCCCAAUUUCUUUGACGACUGAUGCGAUCUUUGAAUGCAGUGGAUUAGGGUAUACCUGAGUCAGGUUUCUUUGUACAUUCGGUUUGGUAAAAAUCUUCAAAAAAUAUGAGAUUGAUUCAUUUAUUUUGCUUAAAUUUAGAUAGCAGCUGGCCCUGUUUGUAAACGAGCGAACUAUUUACCUAACUCUAGUCUGCGAAUUUUCCCGAAAAUAAUUGCAGACUCUGAAAUGGAGAUAUACUUGCUCAUCGAACUUGACAGUAAAUACUACACAGAUAAAAGAAGAACUACUUGAUCUCUCAUUGCCGAGCAAAUCUGUCUUGUGAGGAUUAUUAUACUAGACAGUUGUAUAGUACACAUCUAUCAUAUUUAUGUUUUGUCGAUGAACUUUCUUUUUGUACUAAAUCUUAAUUACUGUAGUUCCUGACUACCGCAUUUAAUAUUUAUACAUAUUAUGUGAUACGAAAAGUUUAUCGCAUAUAUAAAUCUGUACUAGCGUAAUUACAUCGCAUUACGCCUUUUCACAAAGAUUAGGAACAAAAUCCAACUACCACUGAUGCCGAAUUUAAAAAUUGAAAUUCUUUAUAAAUAAAUCAUUGAAAUCGAA